UUCAGACCAAAGACAGACACAUUUCUCUGAGUUUGUUCAGCAGCCAAAGAGAAGAGUGGAAAACUAGAAGUCUGCUAAGAUCGGCUGACUCUUCAGACACUGAAGAGCCAGGAUGGAGGAGGAGGAUCUCACCUGCACAAUCUGUUGCAACAUCUUCAGAGAUCCUGUUGUCCUGUCAUGCAGCCACAGCUUCUGUAAAGACUGUCUGCAGAGAUGGUGGAGAAAUAAACAUGAACGCGAGUGCCCAGUCUGUAAGACUGUUUCUUCAAGUGCAAAACCACCUGUCAGCGUGGUGCUGAAGAGCCUGUGUGAGGCCUUUCUACUGGAGAAAGGAAAGAAACCUCACAAUGAAGAUCUCUGCACGCUGCACUCAGAGAAACUCAAACUCUUCUGCUUGGACCAUCAGCAGCUGGUGUGUCUCAUCUGCAGAGAUUCAGAAACCCACUCUAACCACACAUUCAGGCCCAUCAGUGAAGCUGUAGAACAACAGAAGCAGAAACUUCAGGAAACUCUGAACCCUUUAAAAGAGAGAUUGGUGGGUUUAAAGGAAGUUAAAGUGAAGUUUGAUCAGACAGCUGAGCACAUUAAAGUCCAGGCCCUGCACACAGAGAGGAGGAUAAAGAAGCAGUUUCAGAAGCUUCACGAGUUUCUGAAUGAGGAAGAGGAGGCCAGGGUGGCUGCUCUGAGGGAGGAGGAGGAGCUGAGGAGUCAGAUGAUGCAGGAGAAGAUAGAAGCUCUGAGUAGAGAGAUUGACGCUCUCUCAGACGCUGUCAGAGCUGCAGAGGCCGAGCUGGAAGCUGUAGACAUCUCCUUCCUGAAAAACUACAAAGCUGCAGUGCAAAGAGUCCAGCAGCGCCCCCUGCCAGAGGAUCCACCACUGCCUUCAGGAGCUCUGAUUGAUGAGAUCAAACACCUGGGCAACCUGAGCUUCAACAUCUGGAAGAAGAUGAAGGACAUUGUGUCAUUCAUUCCUGUGAUUUUGGAUCCAAACUCUGCGCAUCCAAACCUCGUCCUGUCCGAUGAUCUGACCAGCGUCACAGUGGGGCAGGAGAGGCAGCUUCCUAUGAAUCCAGAGAGGUUUUAUCACCUUUUCUCUGUUCUGGGUUCUGAAGGCUUUGACUCAGGGACUCACAGCUGGGAUGUCCAGGUUGGAAACAGUGAAGUCUGGACACUGGGCGUUAUAACAGAGUCUUUCCAAAGGCAUGCAGAGAAUCCAAUUGGACACUGGAGAAUAGGGUAUGGUUCGGGCCUGUACACUGCAAGGGCUUCACCCAAUCCAUGCAAGGUUCUUGUUGUCCGAAAUAAGGUUCAAAAACUCAGAGUAAAUCUGGACUGUGACAGAAGGACUCUGUCUUUCUACGAUCCUAAAGCUAAAACACAGAUAUUCACAUUCACACAACUUUCCUCAGAGAGGUUGUUUCCAUUCCUGAACACCGCCGAUAAACUCAGCAUAUUACCGUCUAAAGUCUUAGUGAAAGUAAAACCGAGAGCCUAACAGAUGAGGACGACUGAACUUGAUAUAUUCUUUCUGAAUUAACUGUUUACUUAUACCAUCCCAUAUGGAAAAGAAAUAGAAAAAGCUUGUAAAAUUAUUCACUGCUUUAAGUAUUAAAUGUUUGUGUAAUAUAUGUGGUCCAUGUUUAGUAAGACUAGUAUGUCUCAUAAUAUGAUUUACUCCUGAAAGUGGCCACUUUUGCAUUUUUUUCAUACAACAAAACUAUAAGGAUUAAAUAGGGCUCAAAUCACAUUAUAUAUGUUAUCUAUAAGGAAAGUUCAUUAAAAUGUACAUUUUUCUCAUAUGGUCCAUAUAGUAUUUUUCAGUAUUAAAUAUUUUAUCAUGUUUCAGUACAAACACUUAUGUGUUUUAUAUAUGAAUAAUUAAUUAUAAAUAUGUUUUGUAUGUAAAGUGUAGCUAUUUUAUAUGAAAACUGUUCUUUGAAGAUAUGUUUUGUUUAUAACUUGUACAUGUCCAACAUUGAAAAAUAUGCAUCCAUAUAAACUUAGCAGAAAAAGUAAGGAAAUUUGUGUUUGGUAGAUUAUUUCUUUGUUGUAACAAUGCUUCUUGGCAAUAA